GGAGUCUAUGCUCUUCAUUCUGGCAGUAGAGGCUCAGGCAGAGACGCGGGACCUUAGAGGGCAGAGCCCAGCCCUUGGCGGAAGCCCAUCCUCCCUGUUGGAUCUGAGGGUAGUGGGUUUCCCAUCCCGGAGACUGUGUGCAGGCCCGCCUGGACUGCUCCUUUUCCAUCCUCCUUCCGCUUGGGGGUAGCGGUGGGGGUGGGGGGAGGCUAUGUGGUUCUGAGCGGACGUUUCUAGGCUGAGAUACCAGCCGUUCUGCCCUGAAGCCCUGGGGGCCCUCAGCAUGGCACACCAUAUCCGGGCCUCAGUUUCUUAUCAACCAAAUGGACACACUUCUGGUGCUACUGGGUUUUAAAGGCUCCAGUGUCUCACGGAUCUCGGGUGAAAAACCACCUUAGUGUCCGUCAUAGAAUAAUUAAUAAAAUAUCUUGGCUGGAGCGGGAGCAGAGGAAGUAAGUGGGCGGAGGCCGAGGUGACAGCUGGCUAGAGAGGUGGAGCCAGGGAAUGGGUGGGGAGGGGCGGGCCAGGCGGGCCAGAGCUCCGGGGCACAGUUAGAGACGCACCCAAGGAGCAGGCAGUCCGCAUCCCGCAUCCAUCAACCGCCCUGCACCAUGAGCCGGCGGAGUGUCUCGCUUCGGUUCCCGCUGCUUCUGCUGCUGCUGCCGCCAUCCGCCGUCCUGCCUGCGGCCCCCGGGGCACCCGCGCCGGUGAACCCCUGUUGUUACUAUCCAUGCCAGCACCAGGGUAUCUGUGUCCGCUUCGGCUUUGACCGCUACCAGUGCGACUGCACCCGCACGGGCUAUUCCGGCCCCAACUGCACCAUCCUGCGUUCCAACCUCAUCCCCAGCCCCCCCACCUACAAUGCAGCGCAUGACUACAUCAGCUGGGAAUCCUUCUCCAACGUGAGCUACUAUACGCGUGUUCUGCCCUCUGUGCCCCAAGACUGUCCCACGCCCAUGGGGACCAAAGGGAAGAAGCAGUUGCCCGAUGCGGAGCUCCUGAGCCGUCACUUCCUGCUUAGGAGGAAGUUCAUCCCUGACCCCCAAGGCAGCAACCUCAUGUUUGCCUUCUUUGCGCAACACUUCACACAUCAGUUCUUCAAAACUUCUGGCAAGAUGGGUCCUGGCUUCACCAAGGCUUUGGGCCAUGGGGUCGACCUUGGCCACAUUUAUGGAGACAAUCUGGAACGUCAGUAUCACCUGCGGCUCUUUAAGGAUGGGAAACUCAAGUACCAGGUGCUGGACGGAGAGAUGUACCCGCCAUCGGUGGAAGAGGCGCCCGUGCUGAUGCACUACCCCCGGGGCAUCCCGCCCCAGAGCCAGAUGGCAGUGGGCCAGGAGGUGUUUGGGCUGCUUCCGGGGCUCAUGCUCUACGCCACGCUCUGGUUGCGUGAGCACAACCGAGUGUGUGACCUGCUGAAGGCUGAGCACCCCACCUGGGGCGAUGAGCAGCUCUUCCAGACGGCCCGCCUCAUCCUCAUCGGGGAGACCAUCAAGAUUGUGAUCGAGGAGUACGUGCAGCAGCUGAGUGGCUACUUCCUGCAGCUCAAGUUUGACCCAGAGCUGCUGUUAGGCACCCAGUUCCAGUACCGUAACCGAAUUGCCAUGGAAUUCAAUCACCUCUACCACUGGCACCCGCUCAUGCCCGACUCCUUCCGGGUGGGCCCCCAGAACUACAGCUAUGAGCAGUUCCUGUUCAACACCUCCAUGCUGGUGGACUACGGGGUCGAGGCCCUGGUGGACGCCUUCUCUCGCCAGCCCGCGGGCCAGAUCGGCGGGGGUAGGAACACAGACCACCAUGUCCUAUACGUGGCUGUGGAAGUCAUCAAGGAAUCGAGAGAGUUGCGGCUGCAGCCCUUCAAUGAGUACCGCAAGAGGUUUGGCAUGAAGCCCUACACCUCUUUCCAGGAGCUCACAGGAGAGAAGGAGAUGGCAGCUGACUUGGAGGAGCUGUAUGGGGACAUCGAUGCCUUGGAGUUCUACCCAGGGCUGCUUCUUGAGAAGUGCUCUCCAAACUCCAUCUUUGGGGAGAGUAUGAUAGAAAUUGGGGCUCCUUUUUCCCUUAAGGGCCUCUUAGGGAAUCCUAUCUGUUCUCCGGAGUACUGGAAGUCGAGCACAUUUGGCGGUGAGAUGGGUUUCAACCUUGUCAAGACGGCCACGCUGAGGAAGCUGGUUUGCCUCAACACCAAGACUUGUCCCUACGUCUCCUUCCACGUGCCGGACCCCCGCCAGGAGGACGGGCCUGGAGUGGGGCGGCCAUCCACAGAGCUCUGAGGGGCCAGGGCGGCAGCAUUCUGGAGGGUAGAGCUUACUGCUCAUCAUUCCAGAAUGCUGAGGCCAGGGUUGAUAAUCUUCAAUGUUGGGUUUCUGAUUUGGUGUUGAGAGCAUCAGGGUGGACGUUUAGAACUCUGGGUCUCUCACCACGAUCUGGAACACUGUGGUCUUGUUUGUCGAUCUAGAAUGCUGAAUUCCUGGUGAGCCAUCUAGAAAGUGAGGAGUGGUUCUCCUUCGGAAUGCCAGAACACUGGUUUCCGGUUGAUCACCUAGAAUGUGAGAUUUCUGGCUGAUCCAGAAUACAGGCAUUCUAAAAUAUGGGACUCCUGACGGAAUCAUCUAGAAAGUUAAGGGGUUCUUAUUUUGCAUUCUAGAAUUCUGGGUGGUCCUCCGGAGUGUUGACUUUCUGAUUGGUUAUUCAGAAUGUGGUGUUCCUGGUUGCUGAUCCAGAACAGUAGCUGGUGUGCUAUAGAUCUGUCCUGUCCUGAAUGUCUGGAGCAUUGAUGAUUCAUUUUCCUGUUCAGUGAGACAUCCACAGAGCAGGGGAAUCUAAUGUCUAAUGAGAAUGCAUUGCCUGAAUCUGUGCCUGCACAGAGGAGGCAAGGAGGUGGGUUGUUCUGCUUGGGACCCCAACUGAGACCCUGGUCUGAGGCUAUAGAGAGAACAGGUGGCUUUUUCCAGGCCAUUGACUGGAAGCCACCAGAGCUCUGUCUUUGUCCAGAUCUUGACUCACGGCAGCUGUUUUUCAUGAAGUUAAUAAAGUUCUUUUUCCAAAUUG